GUAGCUCGCUCGUGCCUGGUGGUGACUCACUCACGGCCCUUUUGGGGUUUGGGCGGAAACAGAUUAUCCCAGAGUCAGCCAAGUUAGGGGCAGGCCAGGCUGGGCGGCACCGCGGGUCCUGCCCUCCAGGGGUGGGUCGGCGCAUUUCCAAGGCCCGGAAUUUCCCUAGCCCUGGGGCUGCGAUCUUUCCGCUUCGACCAUGGAUAAAAGGGGUUCGCUCGUGUCGGGGAGCCACAGAGCCCUCUCCGCCAGCUCUCCCGCCAGCUCUCGUGCUCCAGGCACCGCCGACCCGAACCUCCGAGCUGAGCGCCAUGGCCCGCACCGCUACCGCCGCCGCCCCCUGCGCCCCUCGGCUCCUCCGGGCCGCGCUGCUGCUCCUGCUCCUGGUCGCCGCCUGCCGGCGCGCAGAAGCGGCGCCCGUUGUCGGUGAGCUGCGCUGCCAGUGCUUGAAGACCUUGCAGGGGAUUCCCUUCAAGAACAUCCAGAGUGUGAAGGUGACACCCCCGGGACCCCACUGCACCCAAACCGAAGUCAUAGCCACGCUCAAGAAUGGACAGGAAGCUUGUCUCAACCCCGCAGCCCCCAUGGUUAAGAAAAUCAUCGAUAAGAUGCUAAACAAGGGCAGCACCAACUGACCUAGAGAGAAAUAAGAAGCUCAUGGUGGAAGUUCCUGAAAGGAGGCCCCUGUCCUUACAGGGACUGAAAAUGAAGAAGAGAACAACUGGCUUCCGGGGACAAUUAGAAAGAGAUUACUGUGCUUGACUGUUUUUAUAUGAGAGGCCUAUUUAUUUAUGUAUUAUUUAUUUUUCAAAGUUCAUAUUUUAAUAUCUUACAUGUUAGUAUUUAAAGGUGUGCAUGUGUUUAAUCAACCAUGAGUCAGUUCUGAUUGUUACUUAAUUUGAAGAUGAUCGGUUUUAAGUGCCUCGUUAAACUAGUAUUUAUUGAGAGGCCAUCAAAUGCCAGGCACUGUGAUAGAGGUGGAGGAAUCCAAGCAAUUGGACAGUGAGAUCAAUAUUAGGGUCAGGGAAACUGUGUGCACAUCUAUUUCUGUACUUGUUUAAAAGAAUUGUUAUUUAUUGAAACUUUCACACCACAUUAUGUGGUCAACAGUUUGAUGUUGACGUUUCCCUUGGACAUUUUAUGUCUUACUUGUAGGGCAUAAUGCCUUAUUUAAUGUUUAUUACGCGAUGUUUCUCUUUGUCUUGGGACAGAGAAGUUAAAACUACUGUUACAUUUUUACAAAUGACAUGAAAAUAAAAGUUCUGCAAAAAAUAA